GGCUGGACUAGAUGGCCUUUGGAGUCCCUGCCAUGCUGUAGGGUUUUUGUGUGUUUUUUUUUGACAGGGAAAGGGAAAUCUGCUGUAUUUCCACUUCCCAUCUCCCACCCUCACCCUCCAGCUGGGCUUAGCUGGCACGGCUGCAGGCAUGACCAUCUGCAUUGCGUGAGGGGCUGGCGCCGUGGCCAAGUCAGAAGAAGCCCUCCUUUUGUUCUCCGCGCCGGCUGCUGUCGGUUUGAUAAAGGCGCACGGCGCAGCUUCCCGCAAUGUCUUAUUACAUUUUUGAGGCCGACGGCAAAGGAACAGGUGGGAACAUCCACUCGCCGUCCACUAGCAUGGCAGGUUCCGGGCAAUAUCGGCAGCUUAUCAAUGACUACGGACCCCCCUCUCUAGGCUACACACAAAGUGUGCAGGGUACUGGCAGCAGUCAAGUCCCACAGAGCAAGUAUGCAGAACUCCUGGCCAUCAUAGAAGAAUUAGGAAAAGAAAUUAGGCCGACGUACGCUGGAAGUAAAAGUGCGAUGGAGCGGCUAAAACGAGGCAUCAUUCACGCUAGAGGAUUAGUUCGGGAGUGUUUGGCAGAGACCGAGCGGAACGCGCGAUCCUAGCUUGCCCUCUCGAGCGGCGAGGUUUUCCACCUCUUUACGAACAAGACAGAGGAUUCCUUUGGAGACGAUGGGAACAUUCAGAAAAAAACCUUAAUUGGACUAUUCUCUCCUCCCCCUGCCCUUUUCAAGAAUGUGGGCUGGGACCCAAAGAGCGACUUGAGAUGCUCCCAAGAGCCGUGUGCCCCCGGUAGAAUGUUCGGACCUUUUUGUGCUUUUGCGUGACCGAUCCCCCCCCCCGGCCCCGCCUGUUUUUGAAACUCCGCUUUGUUUCAGAAGCAGUUCGACAAAGAAUGAGGUCCCGCCUUCCUCCCUUUGAACGAGGAGAGCUGGCAACAUUUCCGUUCGGUUGGAUGCUCCCCUGAAUCCAUUUGGAAGAGUUCCACUCGGUUUACUUUUCUUCCAGUCUCAUUUUCUGUCUCUUGUUUACAAGCUGCAUUCCAGGGGUGCCCCAAAAGGUUCCUCAAGAGGAGGGUGGUCAGAAAAAAAGCAACCUUCCCAUGACGUUUUUAGUUGCAGGAGUAUUUGGCGGGAAAACUGGGGUCACGCCCCAUGAUCCUUUGCAGUGCAUUGGGAUUCCAGGGCACAUGCCGGACCAAUAUGGAAUAAGUUCCUUGAAGACGCUGUGGCAAACACUCCCCUAACUGCCCGUAUGUUCACCUUCUAAGGAUUUCAUGUUGAGGACAGAGAUUAAUCCCCCCCACCCACAUCAAUAAGCUUCCUAAUUCACAUAGCCUGACACACAAACCAUAAAUUCCAUUUAACCCUCACCCCCCAUCCUUUUUCUCUCUCCACAUGACUGUUCAUAUUUUGGAAACCAUUUAAAGUGCAUGAGAACAGAACACGGUCUGUUAAAUCCUGUUAAGGGGACCCCAAACUAGCGUGAUUUCUUCCAAGGUUUAAAACGGUAACUUUGCCACACAAGAAAAAAUACACAAGGGGGGGGGGGAAUCCAGAUAAGCGACUAAGGCUUAUUUGCAUCUUUGUAUGUAUUUAUUACUUGAUGUAAUAAAG